CGUCCCCUCCUGAUGACGUUGACCAACGCGUCACCGUGUUUUGAGUUGCAGCGCGUCUCCAGCGGCGGGGCAAAGUGGGUCCAUUUCGCAGGUUAAACGAUGGAAACCAAUGCUAGUGCCAGUUCGAUGAUUAUGUAUGAGGAUGAGUCGGUGGAUGUUCGUUACGGAAACGGAGUCCAGUUACAACUGUCGCCGUGUGGCUGUGAAUUCAUGCUGGUAAAACCCUCAGACCCCUCCGGACAUCCUCUGCAGCCCCCGCAGAGAGUCCGGCAGAGGACAAGAUUCGCCAUCAGCACGUAUAAGGAGCUGUUGGUGACUGCCUUGACAUUUAGGAACAAAUAUGCUAGUCGACCGUAUCUGCCAGAGGAACUCAUCCCCGCUGACCACAAGAAGCCCUUUUUCAGCAUUGACUCAGAGGUGCAGUGGCCCGAGUGGUCUUCCUGUGAGGCCGAGACGGGACCUGGAGGCGAGACCAUCGUCAGGUCGGAGGACGAGCGAGCUGCGUUGAUGCUGUCGCCCUCAGGUGAAGAAUUCUCUGUUGAGUUUCCAUGCAGCCUCAGUCGCACUCAGAAACAGCACCCCAGCAUGCGGUGCUUCAGCAGAGACUCUGAGGGCAGCCCAGCCAGUCAGCAGCAAGUAAGCAAUCUGACCUGUCGGACCACCGACGAUGAGACCAAAGAAGUCGAUCAGGGGAGAGGAAGCAGUAGGAAUGAGUCCUUUAGGUCAAGGUCUUGCUCUCCUCAGCCUGCCAGCACUGCUCAUCCAAAGCUGGAGGGGAUGCACCAGUCCACCGCAGUGGUCCAGCAUCACUCCAGCUGUGCUGUCGAUCCCAUCUGGUGCUACCCUUUGUCCUUGGCUCGUCACCUCCGGACAGCUCGUCUCUCUAAAGCUGAAGGUGUCAUAGCAGAGGGAGGCGGCCAUGUAAGCCAGACACACAGAAUAAACAUGUCAGACGUAUCCGACGUGGAAAGAAGGUCUCACCUUCCUGUGGCGCUGCCUCUCACAUGUCCAUCACCUCACUGGCACAGAUGGAAAGUCGAAGACCCCCUGGCCAAUAAAGACCAAGAUUUUCCUUCAGAGCUGGUAAAAGUGAUGUGGUGUCACGGAGUCACCUACAGGAUACUGAGUGGGACUGUCUCAGUCAUGGAGGUUUCCCCUGGAGAUGGAUCAGUCAUCCGGUCCAACGGUGUCCUCAACACUUAUUUUACCCACCACAAACCUGAGCUCCUGUCAGGGCAGGUGAAAGAGGUGACAUACCAUCUGAACAACCUUCCACCUGAUGUACCUGGACAGCUCUACUCUUUAAGCUCCGUUGUGAGCCGUGCGAGCAGGAUCCUCACCUGCUACAACGAGGCCAAGCAGUCGCUCAAGUUCCUGGCCACACCCAGCUGCUUGCAAGAGGAUGGACAUAUUUGCAAACCAGCAUGGACUGAAGAGAAUCUGUCCAAUCCUGUAUCUGCCGAGCAGCAUGUGAAGGUCACAGAGUCUGCAGAAAGUCGGUCAGAUCUCGUAGCGGCAGAACUGGAGAAGAUAAAACGAUUCAAUUAUCUGCUGGACAACAACCACCCGCUGAGAAGUGAGAAACGGCGUGCAGAAGUGGAGAGCAGCCCUGCAGAAGAGACGACCCGCGAGGCGAUGCAUGAGGACUGCGUCGCUGAAGCUCUGCAGAGAACGUCCACAGCCAUUCGGGACAUUGAUGCUCUCAUAUCUGCAGUAGCACUAACUUGAGAAAGUUCAAAAGAAACCCCAACGUGUGAGCUUGAUCGCUAGGACUUCAAAUACUCAUAGUUUUACUGUUAUGUGUAGAGAAAUAAAUUUCUUUCUUUAUGUUGA